CAACUUCCUGCCCCGCCAGAGCCAGGAAGCGGGAGCCGGGACGCAGGGCCCGGGAUCGCCGAGCCCGACCCCGGGCGCCCCGCCGGUCACCUCCCCGCGCGGACACCAGGGGGGACAGAGAGGAGAAUAUCCGCUGAGUGCCCAGUAAGUGGGGACGAGGGCUGCGAGGCCGGGGUCAGGGCCUCGCAACAGUCCAACGGAGGACGGAUGAUCACUCCCAUUGUACGGACGGGAAGAUUGAGGCCCGGGAAGAAGUACAGUAAUUGCCGCAGGUUAUGCAGCUUGUCAGGGAAAGCUAGAGCGACGCGGGGGCGGGGGCAUCCGGAGCCGGCGCGCGGAGUCUUCGGUUCUGGUAGCUGCGGUGCCUUCUCCUCCGACUCUGAGCAGCCCUGUGAGCCCAUGGAGGCAGAGGACAUCUCCCGAGGGGUGGCCCCAGGGCCCGCCCGGCCCAGCCUGGUGCCAGUCAGUAUCAUCGGGGCUGAGGAUGAGGAUUUUGAGAACGAGCUGGAGUCGAGCACAGAGGAGCAGAACAGCCAGUUCCAGAGCCUGGAGCAGGUGAAGCGGCGCCCAGCCCACCUCAUGGCCCUCCUGCAGCAUGUGGCCCUGCAGUUUGAGCCGGGACCCCUGCUGUGCUACCUGCACGCGGACAUGCUGGGCUCCCUGGGCACCAAGGAGGCCAAGAAGGCCUUCCUCGACUUCUACCACAGCUUCCUGGACAAGACAGCGCUUCUACGGGUGCCUGUCCCUGCCACAGUUGCCUUUGAACUUGACCGCACCCGGCCGGAACUCAUCUCUGAGGAUCUCCAGCGGCAGUUUGUGCAGGAGGUGUGGCAGAGCCAGCAGGCAAUGCUCAGCCGGCAGCUGGAGGACUUCCGCUCCAAGCGGCUCAUGGGCAUGACGCCCUGGGAGCACGAGCUGGCCCAGCUGGAGGCCUGGGCUGGGCGCGACCGCCUGGGCUUCGAGGCCCGGGAGCGGCACCUGGCUGAGCAGCAGCUGACCCAGCUGGAGGAGAUGCAACACACCAUUUCUCCUGAUGAGGAAAAGAGUGCCGCUGUGGUCAACGCCAUCAGCCUGUACAUGCGCCACCUUGGGGUGCGGACCAAGAGUGGGGACAAGAAGUCGGGGAGGAAUUUCUUCCGAAAAAAGGUCAUGGGGAACCGGCGGGCGGAUGAGCCCACCAAGACCAAGAAGGGACUGAGCAUCUUUCUGGAUGCUGCCCGCUGGAGCCGGGGAGAGCCGCAGGCUCCGGAUCUUCGACACCCCAAAGUGGAAGCUGAUGCUGAGAAGCCAGGCCUUAUGGAACGGAAGGGAGGCCUGGGGGUGCCCUCCCGGGACCGGAAUGUUGGGGUGUCUGGACAGGACACCCCCGGAAUUUCUCUGCACCCACUGUCUAAGGAUAGUCCCGACCGGGAACCAGGUGGCGAUGCCCCACCGGAGCUGGGGGACCUGCCCCCACAGGGCCCAGCGGGCCUGGAGCCCCCAGCGCCCCCGGAGAGCACUGAGGAGGGAGCUGAUUCCGAGAGGCUGUCAGGGCGUCUGGGGCGCUCAGAGAGCCUGCGGGUGAGUGACCGCCGCCGGCCUUCCCGGGGCAGCCUCGGGGCUAAGGGCCGGGGUGGGGGCCGCUCCCGGAGUGACGUGGACAUGGACCCCAGCUCCGCCACGGCCGUGCUCGGCCCUGCCCGACGACCCACCCCCGAGCCUGGAGAGGAAGGGGAGCCCGGACGGUCAGCCCUGGAGCUGGAACCAGAAGAGCCCCCUGGCUGGCGGGAGCUCAUGCCCCCAGGCACCCUGCACAGCCUCCCCAAGAGCCAGGUGAAGCGCCAGGAAGUCAUCAGCGAGCUGCUGGUGACUGAGGCGGCCCAUGUCCGCAUGCUCCGGGUGCUGCAUGACCUCUUCUAUCAGCCCAUGGCGGAUGGGGGCUUCUUUCCCCUGGAGGAGCUACAGAACAUCUUCCCCAGCCUGGACGAGCUCAUCGAGGUGCACUCCCUAUUCCUCGAUUGCCUGAUGAAGCGGAGACAGGACAGUGGCUACCUCAUUGAGGAGAUCGGAGAUGUGCUUCUGGCUCGGUUUGAUGGUCCCGAGGGCUCCUGGUUCCAGAAAAUCUCCUCCCGCUUCUGCAGCCGCCAGUCAUUUGCCUUAGAGCAGCUCAAAGCCAAACAGCGCAAGGAGCCUCGGUUCUCUGCCUUUGUGCAGGAGGCCGAGAGCCGCCCACGGUGCCGCCGCCUGCAGCUGAAGGACAUGAUCCCCACUGAGAUGCAGCGCCUGACCAAGUACCCCCUGCUCCUGCAGAGCAUCGGGCAGAACACAGAGGAGCCUGAGGAGCGGGAGAAGGUAGAGCUGGCGGCCGAGUGCUGCAGGGAAAUUCUGCACCACGUCAACCAAGCCGUGCGAGACAUGGAGGACCUGCUGCGGCUCAAGGAUUACCAGAAGCGCCUGGACUUGUCCCACCUGCGGCAGAGCAGCGACCCCAUGCUGAGCGAGUUCAAGAGCCUGGACAUCACCAAGAGGAAGCUGGUCCAUGAGGGCCCACUGACAUGGCGGGUGACGAAGGACAAGUCUGUGGAGGUCCACGUGCUGCUGCUGGAUGACCUGCUGCUGCUGCUCCAGCGCCAGGACGAGCGGCUGCUGCUCAAGUCGCAUAGCCGGACGCUGACACCCACGCCCGACGGCAAGACCAUGCUUCGGCCGGUGCUGCGCCUCACCUCCGCCAUGACCCGCGAGGUGGCUACUGAUCACAAAGCCUUCUAUGUCAUCUUUACCUGGGACCAGGAGGCCCAGAUAUACGAGCUGGUGGCACAGACCGUGUCAGAGCGGAAGAACUGGUGUGCCCUCAUCACCGAGACUGCUGGAUCCCUGAAGGUCCCUGCACCUGCCUCUCGCCCCAAACCCCGGCCCAGCCCAAGCAGCACCCGGGAACCCCUGCUUAGCAGCUCCGAGAAUGGCAGUGGCAGCCGAGACAUGCCCCCAGCUGAUGGUCGGACAGAGAGACUCCCCAGUGCCCUUCUGCCCUUCUGCAGACCUGGCCCUGAGGGCCAGCUGGCUGCCAAGGCCCUGCGGAAAGUGCUGUCCCUGAAGCGGCUCCUGUUUCCCACGGAGGAAGACAGCGGGGCAGGGCCUCCCCGAGAGGAUGGGGUCCCAGGGGGCAGCCCCCUGAGCCUCACGCAGACCCAGGAAAUUCGGGAGGAGCUGCUAAGCCUGGAGGAGACCAUUAAACAGAUGGAGGAAGUGGAAGAGGGAUUCUGCCGCCUGCGACUGCUCCUGUCUCAGAUGGGGGAGAACACCGUACCCCCGCCUGGCUGUACCUGAGGCUCCCUGCUCCAGGCCUUUCACAAGAAGCAGAGGAUGGAGGGCCACCCGCCACUGCACAGCUGCUGCAGCGUCUCCCACCCCAAGGGCCUGAGGAGAGGGAGCCGGGCCUCCGGGCACAUCUGGAGGGACCCAGCUGGGAUCACGGCCUCCCCCAACCUCCCACUGGCCUCGGCCUUCUCUCCCUCCUGCCUUCUGCCUGGGGGACUCAGGGCUUCAUUCUGGAGGUGCCGCAGUGGACUCCUUUUCCUGGGCCAUCUCAGUAUUGCCUGGGUGGGGGGCAAUCCCUCCAUCCCCCACCCCAAAGUGCCUUUGCUCUGUUUUUAUACCCUGAAUUGGAGGUUUAUUUUUUAAUAUAUAUUAUCUAAAGAGAG